UUCACGGAAUUUGCUAGAGGCUAUAAUAGCUCAAGCAUGUCAACUACACUAAAUGUGUGAAUGUUUUUACUAUUGAAAACUGUUUGUCAUUCUUCCAAUCAAAAACAUAAUAUAAGAUUAUAGAUCGUUGUUGAAAUAAAUUAUUAACAAAAACAUGAUUAUAAAAAAAGUUUUUGUUCUUUUUGAAUUUUUUUAUUUGGUCGAGUCAAACACCAUUUUUCUGCCUAACUUGCCUUUGGGAGAAUACCGUACAGUAUUUGAAAGGGUAUAUCCUUGUAUAUCAACAAAUACAUUUCAAGGCAAUGUCUAUUUCAGUAAACGAACAUCAAAUAUUACUGAAAUGAAAGGAAAUUUUACAGUGUUAAAACCUUUAGAUGAUAGUUAUACAUUUGAUACAAACGCUGCAUCUUGGAGUUUAACUGGUGGUUGGAAGCCAAAUGCAAUGGUUUAUAUAGCGAAGAAUGCAUGUAGUAGUAUGAAAAUGUUCUUUGGAAGUGCGUGGAAUUCUAUGAUAAAGAAUUUUAAAUUUUCUUCGUAUAACUGUCCAAUUUCACCGGGCACGUAUAUUUCAUCAGGAAUGGAUUUGAAGGAAAUUGAAAACCAUAACUUUCCAAAGGUGUAUUUUUAUGGAAAAUAUAAACUAACGGUGAAGAUAAAAGAUGUAAAAAAUAAUGUACAUGGUUGCGGCGUAUUUGAAUUGAGUCUUAUACGGCCAUGGGAAAAACCGAUUUGAUUAAAUUUUACAAAAUCACAAUAUAAUAUUAUAUGUAUUACAGAAUUUUAAUAAUAAUAAUGACUUAUCCUAUGUAUUUUAUUUUAUUUCUUGAUAUUAUACAGCAUAACAACUAACAAUAAAUAAUUAUAUUUACCAAAUUACUUAAUAAGUAAUAUCUAAUGACUAAUAUAAAUUUUCUUAUCAUAUUGUGAUACAUUGAUAAAUAUAACUAAUCAAACAAUCAGCUUAAUGAUUAUAACUAAUAUCGAUGAAAGUCAUUAUUCUAUUAAUUGGAUUAAUUGGUCAAAUUAAUUGUUACAUGUUUAACAUGUUUCACAUGUUUGCGAUUAAUUUUCGUAAAAAAUUGAAUUUUCUCCGUUUCUUUAAUCAACUUGUUUUUACAUAUCUCAUAGUUUUAUAUUCGUUUUUCAAUAUUUGGUUGGUAAAUAUAACUAAUGCAAAAUUGACUAUAUAGCACAUUUAUUUAUCAAAGUUGGUGUUUAAAAGUUACCCGGAAAUGACGGUAGAGGAGUACGGAUGUAGAGUAAAUCGACAGUUAUAGUGGCUGAACAUUUUGAUCCAACCCCAUUACACAUUUAUGUCCUACUAUAAUACCUGAAUAUAACUAAACUUAUAACAAUCACAACCAACAUUCUACAACAUGUUUCAAUUUAAAGCAUAACUUAAUGAUAAUGUUUUAUAUAACUU